AUGGCAACCAGUAAUCCGGCAUUUGAAAACGAUGAGCCCGCGGCAGUGGUGACGGUACGAUCGCCCAGCUACGAACCCUGCCAGACACGCUCCAGCGAACAGCCAUCACCGCUGUCGUCGAUUCAACCCACUACCAGCGAGGUACAAUUGUCCACCGCCAAGGUGAACCACUUCCAGCAACUACCGGACGCAGGUGGCAACACGAGAGCCAGCGCACUGCUCGAGAUGAACUUCAUGAAGAACAUCCCCAAGGUUCAGCGCGACAAAUGGGGCAAAGAUAUCGAGUUUCUGCUGUCCUGCAUUGCGCUCUCGGUCGGGCUGGGCAAUGUGUGGCGCUUUCCGUUCACGGCGCUGGAAAAUGGUGGCGGUGCAUUUGUCAUACCGUACCUGAUCGUGUUGUUGCUGGUCGGUCGCCCGAUAUACUAUCUCGAGAUGCUGAUCAGUCAGUUCUCGAGCCGGGGCUGCAUCAACGUGUACGAUGCGUCGCCGGCAAUGCGUGGCAUCGGGGUCGGCCAAACCUACUCCACGUUCAUUGUGAUGACGUACUAUGCGUCGCUGAUGGCCGUUACGAUGCGAUAUCUGAUCGCAUCGUUCGCCGAUCCGCUACCGUGGAGCGAGUGUAGCGAAGCCUGGAACGCCACCUGCAUCGAUUCACGGUUGAUCACGAACAUGGCCGAAAAUUCGUCGACAACGGCCGUCACCUCGGCCGAGCUGUACUUUGUGAGAGAUGUGCUGAAGGAAGCAAGCACUAUACAUGAUGGAAUAGGAUCUCCCGAUUGGCGUUUGGUGUUGUGCUUACUAGUUCCAUGGACCUGCAUCUGUUUAACGCUAAUUAAAGGAAUUAAAAGCUCCGGUAAAGUGGCUUACUUCCUGGCCAUCUUCCCGUACGUGGUAAUGUUGGUAUUGUUGGUGCGAGCCUGCACGCUCGAGGGUGCCGGCGAUGGCAUGCUGUACUUUAUCAAACCCCAGUGGGACCGUAUCUUCGAGGCGAAGGUUUGGUAUGCGGCCGUUACGCAAGUGUUCUUCUCACUCACGAUCUGCUUCGGCAACGUGAUGAUGUACUCGUCCUACAAUCGUUUCCAAAACAAUGUCUACAGAGAUGUGACGAUUGUGUCGAUCAUGGAUACCUUCACAUCGAUGCUGGCUGGUUUGAUAGUGUUCGGUGUGAUUGGACACCUGGCGCACGUAUUGGAGGCUCCGGACAUUAAGCAGGUUGUACGGGGUGGUGCAGGGCUUGCCUUCAUCACAUACCCGGACGCGAUCGCCAAAUUCACCUUUUGGCCUCAGUUCUUCGCGAUCGCUUUCUUCCUGAUGCUGUUCGUGCUCGGUAUCGGUAGCAACGUUGGUAUGGCGACCACAACCAUGACGGUAAUUCGCGAUCGGUUUCCCCAUCUGCAACCUGCCCUGGUGGCUGUUGGGAUCGCGGUGGUUGGGUUCGGGAUCGGAAUCAUCUACACCACACCCGGCGGGCAGUACGUGUUGGAUUUUCUGGACUUUUAUGGCGCCUCGUUCGUCGCACUCGUGCUGGCGGUGUUUGAGAUGGUAACGUUUGCCUGGAUUUACGGCGUGGGACGCAUCUGCCGUGAUAUUGAGUUUAUGCUCGGCAUCAAGACGGGGCUUUACUGGCGCAUCUGUUGGGGCAUUAUCACACCGACGCUGUUGGCCGCUAUCCUGCUCUACCACAUCGCAACGUACGAAACAUUCACUUUCAACGGAUAUGUGUAUCCCGAUGGGAUGUAUGCCUUCGGUUGGUGCAUCUUUGCAGCCGGUGUAUUGCAACUCCCGGCAUGGGCCGUUUAUACGUUUAUGAAACGCAAGGAACCAGACUGGAAGGAUCGUUUAAUUCACUGCUUCAAACCAACGCACGAUUGGGGCCCCGAAGACCCCGAACUGAAUGCCAAAUACCAUGAAUCGGUGUACAAAUACGAACAAUCACUGCCACGGGAUCGAUCGAUACUGCGAAGAAUGUACGAUAACGUGUUCAGCUGA